CAAAAAAAAAAGAAAGAAAGAAAGAAAGAAAAGGAAGGGUGGGGGGGAAAGAAAAAAAAGACAUCGACUCCGAGCUGGCCGGUACGCCCCAGCGCGCUUGCGCGGCGGCGACCCCCGUUACGCGCAUGCUCCCCGGGCGGCGGGGAGGGCGCUCUGCGCCUGCGCGAGAAGCGCUGUGGCGGCGGCGGCGGGGCCCUGUGUCUGAGGCGGCGGCGGUCGGAGCCAGCCUGUCCGCUCUUUCCCCCGGCGGCGGCAGCGGCAGCGGCGCGGGCCCCGCCCCGUGUCAUGGCAGCCGGUCCCUCUGCCCUGCGGCUCCCACUCCUCCUCCUCCGCCUCGGGGCGACGACCAGGCCCGUCGGGUAGGCCGGCUGAGGGGCCGCUGAGGAGAAAGAGAGCGAGCGAGCGAGCGAGCAGAAGAGCCCGAGGAGCCUGUCAGGCGGGGCUAGGCCGCAGCCCGCGGCGGCGGUUCUCCCUUUCUGCGGCGGCGGCUGCUCCUUCUCUUCCUUCCCGCCCGCCCGCCCGCUGGGGCCGCCGGCCCAGCUCGGCCGCUCUUGGAUGUGGGAGAGGAUGGAGGCCAAGACGGUGGUCUACGACCUGGACACGUCUGGAGGACUGAUGGAGCAAAUCCAGGCGCUGUUGGCGCCACCCCGGAGCGACGAGAGCAGCGGCGGGGGCAGCGAGAAGAGGAGCCGCCGGCCGGACCGAGGCGAGCCCCACCCGCCCCACCACCACCACCACCCUCCUCCGGGGCACCACCACCACCAUCACCACCCUCCUCCGGGGCACCACCCGCACCAGCACCACCCGCACCCCCACCCGGCGGCGGGGGCCCAGCGGCGGAGCGGCCGCGCCACCAACCACGACAGCUGUGACAGCUGCAAGGAAGGCGGCGACCUCCUCUGCUGCGACCACUGCCCGGCCGCCUUCCAUCUCCAGUGCUGCAAUCCUCCCUUGAGCGAGGAGAUGCUGCCUCCGGGGGAGUGGAUGUGCCACCGCUGUACUGUGCGCCGAAAGAAGCGAGAGCAGAAGAAGGAGCUGGGUCACGUGAACGGCUUGGUGGACAAGGCUGGGAAAAGGACUGCCUCCCCCACCAGCGACGCAGACUUCUUGGAGCGCUCGAGUGGCGGUGGCCUCCGGACUCUCUCCCACACGCGGCUCUUGGAGCGACGGGCGAGCCGGCCAGGCACGCCCACGUCCAAUGCCAGCACCGAGACGCCCAACUCCGAGCAGAAUGACGUGGACGAGGACAUAAUCGAUGUGGACGAUGACUCUGCCCCCGCAGCAGAAACCGACGGGGGGCAGCCGCACCUGAAACGGCCCUUUGAGCUGCUCAUUGCUGCUGCCAUGGAAAGGAACCCCACCCAGUUCCAGCUUCCCAACGAACUGACUUGCACCACAGCACUUCCAGGUACUAGUAAGAGGAGGAGGAAGGAGGAGACCACCGGAAAGAAUGUCAAGAAAGCACAGCAUGAGCUGGACCACAACGGCUUGGUUCCCUUGCCAGUGAAGGUCUGCUUCACCUGCAGCAGGAGCUGCCGCAUGGCCCCCCUCAUCCAGUGUGAUUACUGCCCGCUCCUCUUCCACAUGGACUGUCUGGAGCCCCCUCUCACUGCGAUGCCCCUGGGCAGGUGGAUGUGUCCGAAUCACAUCGAGCACGUGGUGCUGAACCAGAAGAACAUGACCCUCAGCAACCGGUGCCGGGUGUUCGACCGCUUCCAGGAUACGAUCUCGCAGCACGUGGUCAAGGUGGAUUUUCUGAACCGGAUCCACAAGAAGCACCCGCCCAACCGCCGGGUGGUGCAGUCAGUGAAAAGGAGGGGCUUGAAGGUUCCUGAUGCUAUAAAGUCCCAGUAUCACCUCCCGCCCCCCUUGCUGGCUCCUGCAGCGAUCAGAGAUGGAGAGCUCAUCUGUAACGGGGUCCCGGAGGAGCCCUUGCCUACGCACCUUUGGAACUCGGAGCACUUAGCCACCCAGUCCGAACAGCAAGAGUGGCUGCGUAGCAUCAUUGCCCUGCAGUGCAGCAUCCUGAAACACUUGUCUGCUAAGCAGAUGCCUUCGCUUUGGGACUCAGAGCCGGUGGAGAAGGCCGACGCCAAGCCUGUGAUCGCGGCCGACGGCUGCCUCUCCAGCCCGUGCCAGGCAGCUGACAAAGGCAACGUCCCUCCCGCCUACUCGGCGCCCUGCACGCCUGGGAUCGCCCCCCCGAACUCCUUGAGCUCCUUGCCGGAGGACGCCCACUACCCCUUGUGUACGGACAGGCCAAAGAGAGCCUCCCCCUGCGCGACCGCCAACGGCCCCAGUGCCGCCGCCUCCGAGGUGAAAAUCAACGGCCCCCACUUCUACGGCGGCGGCGACUCCUCGGCACACUUGACUGACUCCCCGCGGCUGAGCGCUCCGGGCGGGGUGCCGCCAGUCUUCUCCCACCGGCAGCCCUGGCCACGGCCCACCACGCCCCCGGUCGCGUGCAGCCUCCUCACUCAUCUGGCGGGGGCGGUGGUGAAGACCGAGAACGUGUCGGGACCCGUGUCUUGCCCGCACAGGGGCUCCGGGCCGGUCGCCAGCCUGCCGGCUUCCCUCCCGAGCUCUUGCACUGGCCUGGAAGCGGGUGGCACGGUGCAAAGGAAGACGGCGCAGAUGCAGCUAGGGCCCCUGCUGGCUGCAGACGUGGGGGCGAUGGACUCUCCCCUGACGGCCAGCCGGGCACUCACUCCUCCCCAGGUGGCCGCCGGCGACGGGGUCUCUGCCAUCGGAGCUGCUCCCGGCUUCUGCUCACCAGCGCCCCCUCCAGAUGGCAAGGCUAGCCCGAGCACCUUAUCCCCUGGAAGCAUUUUGACCGCUCCCUUCUUGCUCCCUUCAGCCACGCUGGAUCUUGCCAGUUCGCUGAAAGCAUUAAUGGAUGGCAGCGGAGCAGAGAUCGAGAUUAACUUGCUGGAUGAGAAACUAAUCAAGUUCCUGGCCCUGCAGAGAAUACAUCAGCUCUUCACUUCCAAAGUUCAGCCUCUUGCAGGCAGCCUUGGUGCCCACCAGCCCAGCCCUGUGGGAAAUCGUGUUGAAGGGCAGGGGAAGGAGGUGCAGGCCCGGGCCAUCUUCUACCCUCUGCUGGGCGUGGGCAGCUCUGUGAACAUGUGCUACCGAACCCUCUACAUCGGGACAGGUGCUGACAUGGACGUGUGCCUUACAAGCUAUGGUCACUGCAAUUAUGUGUCCGGCAAGCACGCCUGCAUCUUUUACGAUGAGAACACCAAGCAUUACGAGCUGCUCAAUUACAGCGAACACGGCACCACCGUGGACAACGUCUUGUAUUCGUGCGACUUCUCUGAGAAGACGGCCCUCAUCCCUCCCAGCAGCCUGGUUGCCAAAGUACAGAGUGUGAUCAAACGCCACAAGAGCCGCCAGCAGGAGGAAGAGCAGCCGCCGCCGCCGCCCGGCGAGGAAGCCGCGGUGAUGAGGUCUCAGGCCCAGGGGCCGGCUCAGAAGCCUUGCAGCUGCAAAGCCAGUAGCUCCAGCUUGAUUGGGGGCAGCGGGGCCGGCUGGGAGGGCACGGCCCUGCUGCACCACGGCAGCUACAUCAAGCUGGGCUGCCUCCAGUUUGUCUUCAGCAUUACGGAGUUUGCGACCAAACAGCCCAAGGGGGACGCGGCUGCCCUGGGCCAGGCGGUGGACUUGGACGAGAAGCUGUCCCCCAAGCCCCACCAGGUGCCCGUGCUGCGCUCCCACUCGGUGCCCUAGGAGCUGGGGAGGGCUGGGAGGGGCUCCCUCCGACACCCGGACACACACCCCCACCCACCAACACCCACCCCCCUUGACGUACCAACCAUGUCUGUCUGGAUUUUUCCUACGCGGGCCGCCGCCCGCCGCGGCCCUUUGCAUGAAAUGAAGAACAUUAAUUUUUUUAUGAUUUGCUCGAGUUUUAGGGGCAUUUGCACAUAUAUUUGUACUAUACAUUUCAUUUUAAGAAAAGAAAAGACAAAAAAAUUUAAACAAGGCAAACUGCAGCGCGCGCGCACACGCGGAAGCCGCUCUGCGUGGAGCCCGCGGGAGGGGCUGGCUCGUGCAGAUGGCCUGGCCAAGCACUCCCGUGCAGUUGUAAAAAAAAAAAUCAGAAACUUGUUCUAUUUUGUGCCAGUGACAAUAGUUUUUUAUUAAAGAGAGAGAGAGAAAUACAGUUUUCAUACAGCAAAAUCUAUACAAUUAUCAUUGUUUUAUUUAAUGUAAAGACGUGCUAUUCUCCUGCUGGUUUAUUCUCUCCCCCCCCCCCAUGCCUCCCUCCCCAUGACACUUGCACGACUGUGUAUUGCGGGCAGUGAGAUCAGAGUUCUCUCCCAGCAUCCCUCCUGUUUUCAGAAAAUGAGGAGAAAUAUUUGGGGUUCUGUGUAAAUACAUCAACUGACGACCUUUUUCUGUGUUUUUUAAGCUGUGUACAGUGCUACAUGUGGUAUGACGUUGCCUCCGGUUGUCUAUUGUAGCAAAGCGUUUCUUUGUCGUAAGCCUGUUUUCGUCCUUCUGUACACACACACACACACACACACACACACACACACACACACACACACACACACACACCUCUGAAUCCUGUCUCUGCAGCAGCGAAGUUCCAAUGUACAGAAGAAAUUGCAAUGUUUUAGGGUUUACGGAAACUUUUUUCCUGUAUUCUGUAUAUAAAACAAAAUACGGCACUUGCUGGUUUCUGCCUGUCUGUCCAGACUAUGGGGACGCAAAACGGAAAAUGGCCCACCAGCUAGAGUUUCUGUCAGCUGAUGCCUUGGGGCAGGUGCCUCCACGGUCAGGAUCCGUCCCUCUGUUGCACCUGCACCCGGACAGGAGCCAACCGCUUCUCCUUCACUGUGUGAAGAUUCGGAUACACAUGGUCUCUUGGAACUGGGAGAGGACAGCCUUCCCCCCCCCCCCCCAGGAAUACACAUGGUACCAUCUUAGGCUCCACACACACCACACAGCACCCACCAGACUUGAUUCACCAGAUCCACUAGAUUCAUUCGAAUCUAGGUUUAAUGUGGGUUAUUGACAUUACCUGCCAAGGCAGGUAUCUCGGGCCAUAAAGCAUCUUGGCGUGGGUCCACACAAUCAUGCUCCUGUCAGCAGCCGACAUUAAACCUAGAUUCAGAUGGUUGUGUGAACCAGGCCGCUGUUUCCCCACUCCACACAACAGGGUAUACUUGCAGGGCGUUGUGGAGAAGGAAUAGCAGCUCUGCUCCCAUUGGCACUGGAUACGGUGAGCUGUGGAAGAACCCUUCCUGCCCACCCAUCGCCAUAGGCCCAGACUUGCUCCGCUGUAGAGGUGUGGUCUGCUAAAUUCUUAAAUGUUUUUAAUACUUCUGUUUUGACCUGGAGACACUCAACUUUUGUACAAACGCUGAAAGGUUUCAUGACUGUUCCAAUGGCAUUAAGUCUGUAUUAAUAAACUCACAUAUUACUAUUUAAA